AUGAUGAUGUGCUCUCGCUUGCGUCCCUCACUCCCUCGCCUCUCGCCGCUGAGGCUGAUGGGUACUGGGGCCUCCAAGACAGUGGCAGUCAAGCAGCCCGACCUUCGCUCAGCAUCUCUGGCCUUCGAGGAUCCCAGUGCCUUCAGGGUGAAGAGUUUUGGUGAGCUGCUCCGUGCUCUGGGCAUCUUCCGCCUGUGCUCCUUCCCUUUGCUUGUCAACAACAGUGGGAAGCUGAUGUCGGUAGCACGCACACUCCUGGGCAGAAGGGGGUUUUCCUUGCUGCUGCGGCCCACCAUCUAUGCCCAGUUUGUGGCUGGAGAGAAUGAGAGUGAGAUCUCUCAGUCCAUGGAGAAGCUGAGCAUGCUGGGACUGAGGCCAAUGCUGGCCGUACCAAUCGAGGAGGAUCUGGGAGAGAGCACGGGAGAGAAGAGAUAUGACGACAACAUGGAGGCCAUGUUGGAAUGUGUGCAAAUAUCCCACAGCAAGGCCUGGAGCAAAGACCCAAUGAUGCAGCUGAAGAUCACAGCCCUGAUCAGCCCGGAGCUGUGUGUGAAACUCACGACCCUCAUGGCAGAGCAACCAUAUGACCUGAAUCUUCUUGUCAGAGCUAUGGAUGGAGAGUCAAUCAACUUCCCUGGUUUAGAUGACAGGGAAGUUGCCCAUUUCCUCUGUGGCCUGCAGAGACUCAACAAAAUAGCAGAGGCAAGUGUAAACAAAGUCAGAGUCCUGGUUGAUGCAGAGUACACCUACAUGAACCCCGCCCUCUCUCUUGUCACCAUGGCGAUGAUGAAGAAGUUUAACAAAGAUGGCACGUGGAUUUGGAACACAUAUCAGUGUUACUUAAAGGAGUCCAGGUCUCUCCUGUUAGAAGCUCUGCAACUGUCCAACAAUGAGGGCUUCUUUCUGGGGGUCAAGCUGGUACGAGGAGCCUACAUGGACAAAGAGAGGAAGCUGGCAGAGAAAGAGGGUCGUCAGGACCCCAUCCACCAGUGCUGGGAGGACACCAAUGACAGUUAUAACAGCUUGCUGGAUGUGAUGCUGGAAGCCAUUUCCCAGAAACCAGAGUGCUACAGGAUCAUAGUCGCCACUCACAACGAGGAGUCAGUGAGACAAACCGCCAAACGGAUGGAAGAGUUGGGGAUAGACAAUGAUGGAGGCUCAGUAUGUUUCGGCCAGCUGCUGGGCAUGUGUGAUCACGUCUCCCUCACACUGGCUAAGGAGGGUUAUGCUGUAUACAAGUCAGUGCCAUACGGCUCAGUGGACGACACGCUGCCAUACCUUGUGCGUAGGGCUCAGGAGAACCGCACUGUGUUGCAGGGAAUCCGUAAAGAGAGGGACCUACUGAGGAAAGAGCUCUACAGGAGACUGAGUCUGAGGAGAGGCAGCUAAUAAUAGAGAAGAGGCAUUGGUGCUGAACCACUGGACACAUUCAUAUUAAGGUUCCCAAUCAGGAAACGAUGGAGCAAUAAGAAAGCAACAUGGAAACACUGUUGGCCAUUUGAAUAAAAGAAUGUUAAAAUCCAUGAACACUCACCCAUUUCUUGAGUUAUGAAAGCCAUAACCUACUGUAUGCUGAUGAAGAAUUAAAGUGAAUUUAAAUUAAGCAUGAAAACUUGCAAUAGUUGUGAUCAAAAUGACUAUGGUUCAACUGAACAAUUCAUGAUUUAAUGAAAACUGAGAACAAUAAGAGCAACAAUGUUAAGUUUGACGGACAAUUUGCUCAAAUAUUAAACUACAUAUAACCUAUGUAUGUAAUACUUAUUUUCAUUUUGACUGCUGGUAAAAUAACAGACCUCUUAACUUCUGGUGAAAGCACUAAACAUAUGGGGAAACUGUUAAUUGAUUGACUGAUCACCUACAUCUUACAAAACUAUUUCUAAAAUUAGACAUUAGAAAUUGUUCAUAAAGUCGAAGAAACUGACAUUAAAACCUUAGAUUUACCAUUUAUGUUUUCUGCUGUCAAACUCCUCUGUAGCACAAAGUUAAUUAUCCAUGUAAUAAGAAACAUGUCGGCAAACAACAAAAGCUGUUAUUCAGUGUUGAAGCAACAAAUAAUUAGGAACAAGAGAAUAUGACGGUGGAGGUAACUCAGUACAAGUCUGAUAUUUGCUUAGUCUUUGCCAGAGUCUUACUGACUGGCUGAUCUGACCUAGGAAUAUCACUAUCACAAAUACAUUACUAGUGAAGUAAAAGCCAGUUCAAACAAGAGAGAAUAAUCCAAAGCAUUCUGGGUUCCGAGUAUGAUAAACAGCCUGUAAGAUUACAUGGCUCACACCAACACAUUUUGGGUGAAAGCCUUCAACUGGGUGUUGGCAGCCUUGAGAGAAUCAGUUAUUACCGUGUGUAGUUUUAUAAUGUCUGGCGAUGGAAUAUUCCUCAUUUCCAACUCUUAUAGUAUAUUUAUUUUAAGCAAUUGGGUAGGUUUUCACAUUUUGUUCAAUAAGCAAAAGCG